CGUGUCCUCGUGGCUUGGCAGUGUCGAUCGCUGAUCCCACCGGCUGAUAGAGUUGGCGGCCGGGAGAGUGAGUCAGGGAUGGCGUCGGAGCCGGUGGCGCGGGCGGUGGCGGAGGAGGUGGGCCGCUGGGGCAGCAUGAAGCAGACGGGGGUGACCCUGCGGUACAUGAUGGAGUUCGGCUCCCGCCCCACCCAGCGCAACCUGCUCCUCUCCGCGCAGUUCCUGCACAAGGAGCUCCCCAUCCGCUUCGCGCGCCGCGCGCUCGAGCUCGACUCGCUGCCCUUCGGCCUCUCCAACAAGCCCGCCAUCCUCAAGGUGCGGGACUGGUACUUGGACUCAUUCCGGGACAUCAGAUACUUCCCUGAAGUGAGGAGCCGGAACGACGAGCUCGCUUUCACGCAGAUGAUCAAUAUGGUCAAGGUGCGGCAUAACAAUGUGGUUCCAACCAUGGCCUUGGGAGUGCAGCAGCUGAAGAAGGAGCUGGGCCGCUCAAGGAAGGUUCCAUUCGAGUUCGAUGAGAUCGACGAGUUCCUUGACCGGUUCUACAUGUCAAGGAUUGGCAUCCGCAUGCUGAUAGGGCAGCAUGUGGCUUUGCAUGACCCUAAACCGGAGCCUGGUGUUAUAGGCCUCAUCAAUACAAGAUUAUCCCCAAUCCAGGUGGCUCAAGCUGCUUGUGAAGAUGCCCGUUCUGUCUGUUUAAGGGAAUAUGGAUCAGCUCCUGAUAUUAACAUUUAUGGCGAUCCAAAUUUUACGUUUCCAUACGUCACAUUACACCUACACCUGAUGUUAUUUGAAUUGGUGAAGAACUCUCUCCGCGCGGUGCAAGAACGGUAUAUGAACUCUGAUAAAGAUGUUCCCCCGGUUAGAAUUAUAGUUGCUGAUGGAGAAGAGGAUGUUACUAUCAAGGUUAGCGAUGAAGGUGGCGGGAUACCAAGAAGCGGCCUCCCGAGAAUUUUCACGUAUCUGUACAGCACCGCAAAGAAUCCUCCUGAGCUAGAUAGACCUAAUACUGAAGGGGUAACUAUGGCUGGGUAUGGUUUCGGGCUCCCGAUCAGCCGACUCUACGCUCGGUAUUUUGGCGGCGACCUGCAAAUCAUCUCGAUGGAAGGAUACGGUACCGAUGCUUACCUCCACUUGUCGCGGCUGGGAGAUUCAGAGGAGCCCUUGCCUUGACGACAUAUUUUUGUGGACCUCCAGUACCACUCUUCUCCUGUAACUAUGUGGCUCGAUCUUCUUGUAAUCCAGUGCUGGCCUCGACCUAUAUAUAUAUAGCUAUAGUUGGCCUCGACCUUAUUUCACUGCCUGCUCUGCUGCAUUGUGAACACAGCACUGCUACGUCCUGCUUACUUCCGCCAUGUACUAUGAUCUCUCUGCCGGCCUUCAACAGGAAAAAAGAAAGGACGAGGGAAAUCAUGGGGAGCAGCUAGGCGGAUGAGCGCAUUCUCGGUAGCUGCUAAUCUCAUUUUCAUAGCUGCGUCUCUUGUGUUGUACAUUACAUAGUCUGGAUUUGAGCUUUUGCUAUGGCAAGUAUCACAUGUUACCUGGGUAAUUGAGAAAUAUAAGUAAAAAAAACAGUACGAUGUCUCUCUUUAGACGU